AUGAUCGAGUUUCUAUUACGACCAUUACAUUUCUGGUGCACCAAAAAUAAAGCUAAGCUCUCGCUUGUUGCUGUGUCAUUUUUAUUAGGAUUUGGUUUUUAUUUCGGUAUAAAAUAUCAAGAAUAUAUUCAAGAGACUGCAUUCAGAGGUUUUGUGGAUGCAACGAAUAAGAAUUUAUUUGAUCUAGGCUUUCCAGAAACAUCAGCGUAUACUCAGCACUUGGUCGAAUUAUAUGAUCUUGCUGAUGCUUUAAGACAAAGCAACGAGAUACAACAAAAUGGUCUACUUAUUUCCGGUUCUCUUAACGGUUUAGCUGAUGAUCUUAAAGUUGCUGAAGAAGAGAUAAACGACUUUCGACACAAAUCAUCAGAAGUCGUUAUUAAUUUACAAUUUAAAGUGACAUUAUUCUACGACAUAUUAGAUGUUGUAAAAUCAUCAGAUGAAAAUGAAACCUAUUUCUACGACACAUUUAUUCCCGACCUUCUCGUUGAACAAUUUUAUAAAAUGAUCACUUAUUGGGAUGAUGAAAAAAAUUUCUCAGGAUUCAUUCGACGGCAAUUAAAAGUUCUGGAACUCGUCUUUCGAGAGUUAAAAGGACAAUUAAAUAAGAUGAUUAAUUCAUUCAGUAAGGUUAAACUUGAUGCUAGAAAUCUUUCCUUUUAUCUGCUAAAUGCUGAGAGAGAAGCUGAGGGUGCAAUUAAAAACUAUUGGGCUGAAAGUUUCAUCGAUCAUUGCAAAAUAAUCAGGGCGGAAAAGGAAUUAAGACAAGUUCGCCAAAUGAAAAAAUUCACUAAGUCAUUAGUUGCAAAUUUGAAUGAAUUUGAUCACUACCUGAGAGAUUACCAGCGCAAGCUAUUCGAUGUCGAGACAGACAUAGUUUAUACACGUGCUUUGAAAAAACUAUCAAAGGGGUUGCUUAAUUAUUUGAAAACUUCCGCCAAUCAAUUCCAGAAAACACAUCGAUUAUUUGAUAUCGUCGAGAAGAAAAUAGGCGGUAGUUAG